AUGUCAGCCACCCUAGACAAGCACGCCUUUGAGAAGAGCUCCGACAAGGAACUCAGUGACAAUGAUGUUCACGUCGUAAGUGUCGCGUCUUUCCCACAGCUCGGCGAAUGAACCCGGAUCCCGGACCAAGCGAAGCUUGCCACCCCCUCGCCGCUCCUGAUCGGAAGGUCAGGGGCGUCGGAAAGCUUGGGUAGUGACUAGCAGGUCGUACUCAUCAGUGCCGGGAAAUUUCUCACUUACACGACACUUGACUGAUAUUCCUGUGCUGGCCAAUCUAAAUACCGCAGACCACCACCGCCGCUCCCGAAAUUUACGACCCUUCCCAGGAGUCGAUCUGGACGCGCGCCGGUCUUUCUUUCCGAUCGUACACCCGCGCCCCCGGUAGCACUGCCGGUCUCAAAGUUCAUGGUUCGGCGGCUCACAUCGAUCCCCUCAAAGAGGGAGCGAACCCAAUGCUUCAGCAAAAGAUGAAGUCUCGUCAUUUGACCAUGAUCGCCGUCGGCGGCUCAAUCGGUACCGGUCUUUUCAUGCAAGUUUUUAGGCGCCUUCGCCCGAGCCCAGGCGCGGCCGACAAACCAUCGGUCGCUGACGUACUUUGUCUCGCUCUCGUCCUGCAGCGGUUCGGGACAAGCUCUUAGAAACGGUGGCCCUGCUGGUAUUCUCAUUGCAUGGUCUCUCAUCGGCAUCAUGAUGAUCAACGUUACGCAAUGCCUCGGUGAACUCGCUAUUCUCUAUCCCCUCUCCGGUGGCUUCUACACCCUCGCUGUCCGCUUUUUAGAUCCCGGCUUCGGCAUGGCUCUCGGUGGGUUGCAUCUGAAUGUGACGUCAUCCGGUACUCUCUGGAUUGUGCUGACGACUGCUCCCUGAACACAGGCUACAACUAUCUCUUCCAAUGGGCGGUCGUCUUGCCGCUCGAGAUUACCGCAGCGGGCAUCACGGUGAGUGGCCCUCUACACCAAUCCUGUGUUCUCUGCGCUUGAAGCUGUACGACCCUUGCUGACCUUUCCCUUUCUAACUGCUCACACAGGUGCAAUAUUGGACUGAGUCAGUGCCAAUCGCGGCGUGGAUCACCAUUUUCUGGUUUGCCAUCAUCUUUGUGAACAUCUUCGGUACCCUCGGCUUUGCCGAAGAGGAGUUCUGGUCCUCGUGCCUCAAGUUAACCGUCGUCGUGAUCUUCGUCAUCAUCGGUAUCGUGCUCAACGUCGGUGCCGGCCCCUCGGGGGCGAAUACACCACAUAUCUUGGUGGUGAUCUAUGGAGGAGCCCGGGAGCGUUCGCCAACGGGUUCAAGGGUGAGUUCUACUGCUCAAGCCGAAGUCUCUGGGUAUUCUCGGGCUAACCGAGGUCGAGGUUACAUCGCAGGUGUGUGCGCCGUAUUCGUGACUGCUGCUUUCUCCUUUGCUGGUACCGAACUCGUCGGCCUUGCGGCUACCGAGACCCCCAACCCCCGCCAGACGAUGCCCGGCGCCGUCAAGGGCACUUUCUGGUGAGUUGUAGAAUGGCCGACAUUUGGCCACGCUAGUGUUUUGUCUGGUAACGAUUUGCUGAUUCACCGGGGUGGUAUAUCACAGGCGCAUUACCGUUAUCUACCUUUCCUCGCUCCUGAUCAUCGGUCUCAAUAUCCCUUAUAACGAUGAGCGUCUCCUCGGUGGUAGCGGAGCCGGUACUUCGCCGUUCGUCAUCAUGGUUGACCGAGCGGGAAUCCGCGGCCUCAACCAUCUCAUUAACGCUACCAUCUGCAUCUCGGUUCUAUCCAUUGGGUUGUCCUGCGUCUACGCCGGAUCUCGUGUCUUGACGGCCCUGGCCGAGACCGGCUACGCCCCUAAGGUGUUUGCCUACGUCGAUCGAAGCGGACGACCCCUCUGGUCGGUCUUGUUCGUCCUCGCGUUCGGCCCCAUCGCCUACGUCAAUGUCUCGAGCUCUGGAGAUGUCAUCUUCGAUUGGCUCCUCGCCUUGUCUGGUCUCUCGACUCUCUUCACUUGGGGCUCGAUCUGCUUGUGCCACAUCCGUUUCCGUCGCGCUUGGAAGGUCCAAGGCCACUCCGUCGAGGAGCUUCCCUUCAAGGCCGCCGGUGGCGUCUAUGGCUCCUGGUUCGGGCUCAUCCUCGUCAUCCUUGUUCUCAUCGCCCAGUUCUACGUUGCGAUUUGGCCCAUUGGAGGCAUGGAGAGCGAUCCCAAGGCCGCCGCCGAGACGUUCUUCAAGGUCUACCUCGCCAUGCCCGUACUGCUCUUCUUCUGGGUCGUCGCUUUCCUGUGGAAGCGCACGUUGCCUCAGCGAGCCCAUGACAUCGAUCUCGAUGUGAGUAGAUUUCCCUGAAUGUGAUUAUACAGCGCCUAUGCUGACCGUGUGCCUUAUUCCAUACUCUGUAGACGGGACGUAAAUCGUGGCUCACCGUCGAGGAGAUGCGCCUCUACCGAGAGGAGCGACGCAACGCCCCUUUCUUCACUCGCGCGUUUCGCAUUCUCUUCUCGAACUAA